AUGUCGCAGUCCAGCCGACCUGCUCCCAUCCAGCCGCCCUUUGCGAGCAGCGGAGCAAUCGAUAUGGCACAAGCACAGCGGGCAUCGAAUUUUCCGACUUCGAACUUCUUCGCAAGACCAGAACAACGUCAACCUGGACCACAACUACCUCCAAUCCACUCGAUACCGCCCAACCGGUCAGCGUACGACAAUGGUCGUCCCGUGCAACUACCUCCAAUGCAAUUGUCGCCGAAUGAGCUCACCUCUCCAAAGGCCCAGGGAACGAGGGCUAUACCAGUAGCUCAACUCCUCUCAACCAACCCUCCCUCACCACCUCGAUCACAAGCGGCCGCUCCAGCACAGCAAUCUGUACACCGUCGAUCGCCAUCAAGCAGUUACAGUAACCCAGCUGCCCAAUAUCGAGCGCAGCCGUCGUCGUACCCGCGAGCACCGCAACAUCCAUUGGAGCAAGGACCCAUGCCAUUUCGACAACAGCAAUUGCAGCAGCCCAUGUAUCAGCCUCAGCAUCAGCCUCAGCCGUACUCACAGGUCCAGUUUGCGCCUGCGCACCCGCCUGUCCAAGCCGAACCGGGACCGCCGCGGCAUUACAGUCCCGCAGUCAGCGCAUACUCUUCGCCGAGCUACACGCACUCCGAGAUCUCACCACGCUCGUCUAUAGGACCUUCGAGCCAAGCAGGGUUCACGCCCAAAGCCCGUGUAAGUCAGGUGCCGCCGCUUGAAUACAACCUGAACAUACGCCAACAGCCGGCCGCUGCGCGAGCCUGUGGCUUUGGAGAGCGCGACCGUCGCGUGAUCGAUCCGCCUCCGAUCCUAGAACUCAAGAUCACCGACCGUGCAACCGGCGCUCCUGAAUUGGACUGCAAUGCAAUGUUCGCUCUGCAUUGCAUCCUGAUGAGUCCCGACGGAAACGAUGACGAGACGGAGCUGCCGCCGGCCCAGCCAGAUGCGCCAUACACUCGUCGCCUGAUGGGAACUCUAGUCGCAUCGCCGUAUCAAGCCAAAGACGAACAUGGAAUCGCCGGUACCUUCUUCGUGUUUCCAGACCUGAGCUGUAGAUCGCCAGGCAAGUACCGUCUCCGCUUCAAGCUGCUUCGUAUCGACCCGACGAACAUGCAAGGUAUCCACAACGUCGUGGCCAGCAUCAUCACCGACGUCUUCAGUGUCUACACUGCCAAAGACUUCCCAGGUAAGCUGCUACAUGCAUCCUCUCCGCUCUCCGCGGCCUGCCUGCUGACAUUUUCUCCCUGUUGUAGGCAUGCGUGCCAGCAGCGCGUUGCUGAAAGCUCUCCGUCGGCAGGGACUGAACGUCGGCGUGAAGAAAGGCUCGGAAGCGCGAAAGGGCAAAGGCAAGGCGAAGAAGGAAGAAAGCUCGGGCUCAUCUUCCGAUGACGACGAGAGCGACAACUCGAGCUCAGUCGGAGCGAGUCCGCGGACGAAAGCCAGGAAGAAGAGAGCGAGACGGAUGAAUUAG